CAUUUUCUCUGAGGCUCAAUCGCACUGCUUAGCAGUAACGACACCAGGCGCUGAGAAUGUGUGAUUUUCUUCAGGGGGAGAGCCGGAUUGGUAUUUUCCGUACUGCUUUCCAAGGAGCCUUAAAUGAUAGGAUGAUGACUUCUACCUAAGAUUGGUUGAUGAUGUCGCUUUGGGGCCAAAGUUGUCACAAACCGUGAGGUGACAACUCAUCUGACCAAAAAAAAAGAAACAAAUGUAUUGGUAAUUAAAUGCCAGCAGAAGACAGAAAAGAUUCUACUUGCAAAAUAGGAAUUGAAAGCCUAUCAGCAGUAUACAAGGAAUGGUACCCACCCUCCCAAAAAAAAAAGCAGUAUACAAGGAAUGGUAGUUGCCCAUCUGUUCAUCUUCCAGUAGAAUUCAAGAAGAGAACUCCCUUCUUUGUAUGGUCCAUUUGGAUGGAAAAAAAAAAUAGCAGGGCAACUUUUGAUGGGGUCAAAAACUAGGUGCUCAAGCUAAAUGUCUCUUUUAGUCUUUUACAGAGAAUAUUCCUCUUGGGUAAUAUAGUUGGAUGGACUUCUUGGAGAAAUGGUUUUAGGUGUAGUAAGAAAGUUGAGUUCUUAAAUACUCACUGUGUGCUUGGGCAGCAUCUCACUGUUUGCCACCUAUAAUGAGUUUUUGAUUUGUCAAAAAGAAUGCUAUUUUUUUU